CUCCCACAACAUCCGUGGGCGUCUUUCCCGCGAACGGGAUGCGCUCGCGCGGUGAGGCUGUGUAGCUCGGUGCUAGGCGCUGCAUGGAGGCUCAGGAUAGUGUCGUUAGGAUUAUCUCACUAGUGCAGUAAAAACACAACAUGGCGAAGCAAAGCUCCCUCUUCAACUUUUUCACAAAGUCUCCGCCGCCGGUGUCCAAGCCGAAGCCCAGUCCCUCUCCGGCCGAGGCGGACCUGCCGUCCUCCGUACAGAAGUCCAGCUCCUCUCCGAAAGAAGAAGCUAAACAGACACAGCAGCAACAACCAGCCAAGGCCAACAAAGUUAAAGCGAAAACUAACGACAAGUCUGUGAAAGGAGGGUUCAGCAAACUAUUUGGCGACAAGGCCGCAACAACCAAACAAAGCAGCAACACAUGCCCAUUCAGUGUUGGCUCCCUUGUGUGGGCAAAACUGGAGGGACACCCCUGGUGGCCAUGCAUGGUAGUACCCCAACCUCUGACUGGACAGCAGAUGAGGGGCCGUGGUCGGGACCAACGUAUACAUGUCCAUUUCUUUGAUGAACCUGCUACCAGAGGAUGGGUCAGCACCAAAUAUAUCCGAGAGUACCAAGGCUCUGACAGCAGUGAUGCUAAAACAGGAGGAGUGUUCUUCAGCGGCAAACCCAUAAUCCGUCGUGCAAUGGAGCUCGCUGAUGGAGUGAUGUUUGACAGCCCUGAGAAAAGAUUAAAGAUGCCUAUCUGUAUGGAUCCGUCUGAUGAGGAAGAGGAUGACGAUGAAGAAGAAAUGGAGGUUGACAAGUCAACAGUGACUGAUGAAGAGGUCAGUGAUGAGGAAGAACAGAAAAACGAGAAAGUGAAGUCGCCCAAGGUUGGUCGACGUUCAUCCCGUGCUUCAACAGAAAAGGGAAAUAAGGCCAAGCGUCGUCGCAUAAUUGUGGCCUCAGACAGCGAUGGCUCAGAUGAGGAAUUCAAACCAGAACAAGCUGCCUCCAGCAGUGAGGAUGAGGAGGAAGCAGCAACUGUGAGCAGUGAAGAGGAGGAAGAGGAGAGCCCCGAAGAGUCAGAAGUAGACAGCCCCGUCAAGCCUGCGAAGCGCAAACGUCCUGCAGAAAAGCCUGCUCCUGCAAAAGCCAAGAUACUUUCUGCCCCCUCGAACACACCAAAACGAGCUCCAGCAGCUGUUGCGCUCGACACAAAGUCCCGUUUGUCAGCCUUCUCUGCCCCAGAGAGCUUUGAGAGUCAGACAAACGGAUCAGGCGCCAGUGGAGGUGCAACAAUUUGGGACCACGAGAAGCUGGAGUGGUUGCAGGAUGGCAAGAGGAAAGACCGCCGGAGGCGGCGACAGACAGAGGAUGACUAUGAUCCCACCACAUUGUAUGUGCCAGAAGACUUUCUAAACAGAGUCACUCCGGGUAUGCGUCGGUGGUGGCAGCUCAAAUCUGAGAUGUUUGACACAGUCAUUUUCUACAAGGUGGGGAAGUUUUAUGAGUUGUAUCACAUGGAUGCUGUGGUCGGAGUCAACGAGAUGGGACUAACGUUCAUGAAGGGGACCUGGGCACACUCGGGCUUCCCAGAGAUUGGCUUUGGACGUUUUUCAGAUGUACUGGUCCAGAAAGGCUACAAGGUGGCACGUGUGGAGCAGACGGAGACCCCAGAGAUGAUGGAAGCACGCUGUAAGACCAUGGCUAAGCCCACAAAGUUUGACCGUGUGGUACGAAGAGAAGUGUGCCGCAUUAUCACACGUGGUACCCAAACCUACAGUGUACUGGACGGUGCGCCCUCUGAGAGUCAGAGUAAGUUCCUGCUGAGCUUAAAGGAAAAGGCUGAAGAAGAAAGCUCUGGCCGUUGCCGUACAUAUGGAGUCUGCUUUGUAGAUACGUCUGUGGGUUAUUUUCACGUUGGUCAGUUCCCAGACGAUCGUCACUGCUCACGUCUGCGUACCCUGAUCGCACACUUUGCCCCUGCUGAAGUGCUGUUUGAAAAGGGAAACCCAUCUGUUGAAACACGCAAAAUACUCAAAGCCUCUCUGUCCUCCGCUCUGCAGGAAGGACUUAAUGCAGGCACCCAGUUCUGGGAUGCUCAGAAGACUCUGAAAACCCUCUCAGAAGAAGAUUACUUCAGAGAGGCUGCUGGUAAGGACAAGGAUACAGGGAAUGACAUCCUUCCUGCUCUUAUAAAAAAGAUGACCUCUGAGAGUGACUCACUGUGCCUUACUCCUAAAGAGGGCUAUGAGCUGGCUCUGUCAGCACUGGGUGGAUGUAUUUUCUACCUGAAGAAAUGUCUGGUGGACCAGGAGCUGCUCUCUUUGGCCAACUUUGAAGAAUAUGUCCCUGUUGAUGUUGAGCUGGAGAAAGCAGCUGGACCUGCCAGUUUCUUUGCAAAGACCCGUCAGCGGAUGGUUCUUGAUGGAGUGACUCUGGCAAACUUAGAAAUCUUUCAGAAUGGGUGCGGAGGAACAGAAGGGACACUGCUGGAGCGUUUGGACACCUGCUGUACCCCGUUUGGCAAGAGGCUGUUGAAGCAGUGGCUCUGUGCUCCUCUGUGUAACCCCACAUCCAUCAAGGACAGACUGGACGCAGUGGAUGAACUGAUGGGAGCUCAGGCCCAGGCUACUGAAGUCUCAGACCUGCUGAAGAAACUCCCAGAUUUGGAGCGUCUCCUGAGUAAAAUCCACAGCAUUGGCACUCCGCUGAAGAGCCAGGAUCACCCUGACAGCAGAGCCGUUCUCUAUGAGGAGGUCACCUACAGCAAGCGCAAGAUAGCAGACUUCCUUUCAGCACUGGAAGGGUUCAAAACUAUGCAGGAGAUCAUCAGUGUCCUUGCUCCAGUUUCAGGGGAAUCUCAAUCCACAUUGCUCCGUCAAGUCACCAGUCUGAAAGGCGAAAAGGAUGGCCUCUUCCCCGACCUCUCUGCUGAACUCAAGCGCUGGGAUACAGCCUUUGACCACCAGAAAGCUCGCACCACUGGUGUCAUCACCCCCAAAGCUGGCUUUGACCCAGACUUCGACCAGGCUCUGACUGGAAUCAAGAACUGCGAGCGAGAGCUGCAGGAUUACCUGGACAGACAGAAGAAGAGACUCGGCUGUAAAAACAUGUCCUACUGGGGAACUGGGCGAAACCGCUACCAGAUGGAGGUGCCCGACAGCGUCUCCGAGAGGAAUAUUCCCGAGGAGUACGAGGUGAAGUCGACAAAGAAAGGCUGGAAGCGGUACGUGACUAAAGAGACGGAGAGGCUGUUCUCAGAGCUGCAAGGAUUUGAGGAGAAGAGAGACGCUGCGCUGAAAGACUGCAUGAGGAGGCUCUUCUACAACUUUGACAAGAACUACAAAGACUGGAAGACUGGUGUGGAGUGCAUGGCAGUGAUUGAUGUGCUGCUGGCCCUGUCACGCUACAGUCAGGGUGGAGAUGGACCGAUGACCAGGCCACAGGUGGUGCUGCCCGAAAGCGAUGACCAAGUAGCGCCCUUCCUUGACCUCACUGGAUCCCGCCACCCCUGUGUCACCAAGACCUUUUUUGGUGAUGACUUCAUACCUAAUGAUGUCUACAUUGGCUGCCCUGGUGGCAGUGAAACUGAUGAAGAAAAGCAGCAUGCCUCUUGUGUCCUCGUCACAGGGCCAAACAUGGGUGGAAAGUCUACCCUCAUGAGACAGUGUGGACUUGUGAUCAUCCUCGCUCAGCUGGGUUGCUAUGUUCCUGCCGAGAGCCUGCGCUUCACACCAGUUGACAGAGUCUUCACUCGGCUGGGAGCCUCAGAUCGCAUCAUGGCUGGGGAGAGUACCUUCUUUGUGGAGCUAAGUGAAACUGCCAGCAUCCUGCACCACGCCACUAAACACUCGCUCGUGCUCCUGGAUGAAUUAGGAAGGGGCACAGCCACAUAUGAUGGCACAGCGAUUGCCAGUGCUGUUGUGAAGGAGCUUGCUGAGAAGAUCUGCUGUCGCACCCUCUUCUCCACACAUUACCACUCCCUGGUGGAGGACUACGCCAAAAGCCCUGCUGUGCGCUUGGGCCACAUGGCGUGCAUGGUGGAGAAUGAAUGCGAGGAUCCAAGUCAGGAGACCAUCACAUUCCUCUACAAGUUCAUCUCCGGUGCUUGCCCCAAGAGUUACGGCUUCAACGCCGCUCGACUCGCCAGCCUGCCAGAGGAGGUCAUUCAGUCGGGACACAGGAAGGCCAGAGAGUUUGAGAGGAGCACCAUCAGCCUCAGACUCUUCAAGAAGCUGUGUCAGUUCGCUGAAGACUCUACCCUGGGCAACACACACUUUGCUUCACUUGUUCAGAUGCUCAACACCCUGUAGUUUUGAAAACAUGCUUUGUUGUUGCUGAAUCAGUUUCUCUCAGCACUUGAAAAAACACUACUGUAAUGAUCUAAUAAAGUUUAUUUUUAAAAAAUGA